AUGGCUCCCAGAGUCAAUUCUGGCCCUGUCAUAAAGACAGGAAAGCCUAGCAACUCUCGAGAUCUUAUUUCUACCGGCCCAAAGGAUGUCCAGAAACAUCAUGGGAAACACGAUGAACGCCAGAGAGAAGUGAGACCUACUACUGAGCGUGCUCUUGUGCUGCGCAAUGGCAAGUAUGGUGCCCAAGGAACUGGGGAAUUAAUCCUCAUGACCAAAAUGACGGGAAGAGACAAGCUGGAUCUACUUGCUGAGGAUCUCAUGGAAAAGGCUAGCAAAUCAUUUCUGACGCCUUUCCGUCUGGAACUUUGUAUUAAACUUGCAGAAUCUCAACUGAGCGAAAAUCUCGACGAUAUCGCGAACUUGAAAGAUCCGGACCUGUUUUUCUCUAUCAUUGAGAAGGAAAUCAAAUCUCGUACAAUUGAUUACAAGCAAAAAAACGAGAUCGACCCCAUGAAGGAUCCUUCUUAUAUCGCACAAAUCAUUUCCAAUAGGAUACAUAACGUGUACAUGCUUGGGUCCGCUUGGAAGAUCGUUGUUGAUAUCCUCUACUCCUUGCAGGAAGGCGGUUUGUCCGACGAAAGUGUAGUUCCUACGCUGAAGCGUGACGAAGGCCUUCGUUUCCGAUAUCUCGUCCUGUAUUAUCUUGUAAAUACGCUGGUUGACCUUCAUCAGACAAAAUUCUCUCUUCUUGCAACAACCACUCCCCACUACGCGUGCUAUUUCAAAGAGACGACUAAUGAAACAGGCGAUCAAGAGUUCGUCUUCGAUUGGUCUGAAACCCGGAAGGCCUGCUCUUCUUUUCUUGAUUCUAUCGUCGUGGAACUUUGUUUUCCCCGUGCACCAUAUCCGAAGGCUACCUUGUAUCAACUCCUCCAUGAUGCUAUCGAAGAAUGCCCGAGGGAAGCUAAACGCUUUCCCCAGAUGCUUUGGGAUUCUGUCGGGGAUCUAUCGGUCGCUGUGCAGCUGCAGCAAAUCCUGGAGACACCAUUGCUAUCGCCUGAUGGCAAAGAGUGGAAUACCGAUGCUCAUGAGAAGUACGACCCGUAUAAGAAAUGGGUCGUCGCACAAUCACAGUCCCAAACUGCCUCUAAUAAAUGGGCAAAUUUUGAGGAAAUCAUUUCUCCAUUGCAUCGAACCAAGAUCAAACAUGUUCUUGAUACGAUGUGGAAAACCAUCAACGGUAACUAUAAAGGGACAUGCGGCAAGGACCUCGACGCUCUUUGGGGCUUAUCAGAAGUUUUGAAUGCUACCCCUCAGUGGCAUGCCUACGGUCUAUUACUAGGAAGAGGUGACGACGACGACGAAGACAAUGACGGCCCUCUAAAGCUCAGUGGCAAAAUAAAGAAGCCCCUUGCAAUCACGUACGGCGGGGAGAGCGACGAUUCUAUGCCUUCUCUUCAGGAAGUUUCUGAUUCUGAUGAUUCUGAUGAUUGGAGCGAGAAUGAGUCGGAGGAUGAUGACGAUGACGAUGACGAUGGCUCCGACGAUGAAAGUGGAUAUGACACCGACCAGGAGGACACAGUGCGAGAUCUGCUUCGCGAGGCGAUGGACGCUGUCACUGCAGUCAAUUGGCAGGAGCCGCCCGUCGCAAACGACGAACUUGACCCUUUUAAUGCGGAAGAUUCCAAGAGAAAUUCGUUCUUGAAAUUAUUGGGCUCCUUGAGAGGACGGAUGUUCAGCAAAGACUCAAAGUUAAAGACCGCUGCAGCUCCCAAAUCAGCCACUAAGCCUACUGUAAAUGCCUCUGCGACUGUCGAUCGCCCCAAGGCUGGAGUCACCAUCGAGGAAGUUUCCGAUGAGGAUGACAUCUCCCAUGCAAAGAAAAAGAAAAAGAAAAAACCCAAGAAGAAGAAGAAGAAGCCUACUGCCGCUGCUGACGGGGAAGCGCCUGUGGAAGAUAAUGCUGCAACUGCUCCACCGCCUAUUCCAAGCGCCACUGUUUCUCCUGCCCCAAACGCCCAAUCAAAGGCUCCUGCGAAACCUAAGGCUGCGACUGCUGCUUCGCAAUCAACUACUUCCUUUUACCCAUCUGAGACUAUUGCUCAAUCAGCUAGAUCGUACCUUCAAUCUGAGCAACUCGACGUUCUCAAGACCAAAACAAAAUCUAGGUCUGCCCAAGCGUCACUGUUCUCGUCUACCAAGGGUCUCUUUGAUAAAUUUGGUGUGGGGCAAGAAAAGAAGAAAGAUACUUCGGCUGACAAAAAGGAAAGACGAAAUUGGUUUGCAAAUCUUGGAAAGAGAACUAGGACAUACAUGCACCAAAUCCUGAACACAGCUGAUGACGAGACCCAGGGUAAGGCUGGGAUGAAAUGGGAUAUAUUUGUCAAGGUACUGACCGAUGUCGGCUUCAAGUACGUUCCUAGCACCGCUGGUUCCAGUGUUCGCUUCGAUCCUCCUAGUUCUAAAGAUCGUUCGAUCUCCUUUCACAAGCCUCACCCUGACAGCACCAUUGGACCCGUCCUUCUUAAGGAAUUCAGCAAGAAGCUUCGCAGAUACUAUGGUUGGGAUUCUUCUGAUAUAGCGGAUUGA